AUGCCCUGUGCAGAAUGCUGGCUUCCUACGGAGCCCAUUAUUUCAAGGGCCGAAGAUUUCCAGCAGCAGGAGCAGCACAAAGAGCCUCAGCUGCCACAUCCUACAGACCGCCGGCCGAAACCAGCGCAGCUCCAAAAUGACGCGCUUUUGCUUCGUCGUGUGCAGGGGGAUUCGAUCUCCCAGCACCAGGAGCAGCAAGUGAGGCGACAGCGAGGCUCUAGUGGGUCUUAUGAAGGCUUUAUGCCGCUGGAGAGUAGCGGAAAUUGGAAAAUUCGCAGCAGAAAUGGCUACAGCGGGGCAGAUAGAGACGCCUGCGCCGUGCCCGCAAGGAGGAGCCUUGCGGACGGCCCUUCGGAAGACUGCGCAUCAUUAAUAGUGGCAAGGAAGACGCAGGCAUUAGCAUACGGCGUGGAAGCUCAGGAGACACCAGAAGCAGAAGCGUUAGCAUCAGAAGGCCUACACGGUGCAGCUCUGCAGCGGCAGCAGAGCCUGUCAGACCAUUCCCUCGCUCUGUCCUCCGCUGCAUUUUCUGAUAAUGCAUCAAUUGAUGGUGCAGAGCGCCAUACCUCAGCUCAGCAGCCUAAGGCAUCGUCGGAGCAAAAUGUAGGCUUGCAUCGAGAGCACAAGCAAAAGCUGCCCAUCAGCCAGCAGGCGCGACUCGUUGCCGUGGCUGCAGAUGCUGCUGCGGAGGAGCAGGAGGAAACAUGGAAUAAUAGCAGUGAUAUUUUGUUGCCUGAGAACCUGGCAGCCUUGCUCAUGGAGGACACCUCAGGCGAGCGGCAGCAAAGCAACAAGCGCAGACCAGGCGGCAGCAGUUGCUGGUAUCAAACUGCCUUGCUGCUGCAGUCUUUGCUUUUGUCAGGGGACCAGUCAGAGGAGCAGCACUGCAGCGAAUUUUGUGCAUUCCUAUGUUGCCUACUUCAGGAUGCGCGAGUGCAGCAGACGCAGCAUGAACGGAUGCAAUAUCUACUGCUGCAGCUGCUGCUCUUGCUGCUGCAACAAAGGCUCGCGUGCCCCGUUUGCUGCUGUGACAGACAAGCGCUGAGGAAGCCCACAGAAUUGGUAGUGCAGCAACUGAAGCUGCAGCUACAGGAGCUGCAACAGGGUGGCAUUUGCAGGCGAACGGAGCAAUUGCUGCUGAAUGUGGACUCCUUGCAGCAGCAGAAGCAGCUGGCGUUAUAUAUGCAGCUGGCUCUGCUGCUGCGUGCAUGGCGGCCUUCCAGUGGUAUCCCCGGCAGUAGCAGCAAAAUCGUUAUUGUGGUGGCAUUUCAUUGUGUGCUUCACGGGGGAGUUGGCUUGGAACUGCGCGAGUCAGCUUCAGACGUUCUUGCUGCCGCAGCUUUAGACGAGCUCUCAGUUGAUGCAGGGCGGACGGAAGUCGAUACAGCAGCAAACGCAACACUGCCUUCAGCAACAGUGGGAGCACCGGCAGCAAGUGCGUUGGGCUUGUGCUGUCUGAUUAUUAAAGCCGCACGGAGCGGCAGUAGUGCAGCAGCGGCGGCAGCAGCAGAGGUUGCUUCCUCCGUUGCAUGCGGCUUCUUGCUGCUGCUGCAGAAAGAUAGACAGCCGUCUGCUGCACUAAGGGCUGCCACAGUGCGCCGGGCCGUCUGCGCAUUCUCCGCGGAAGUUGCUGCUCCAGCAUUUCUUAUACUGCUGCGUUUGCUGCUUCCAGCUGUGAAGCAGCCGCUGCUGCAUCCUGACACCAUGCAAGGCACGGCUCCGACACCACUGCCGCUUUCUCAACAUGCAGCCGAGAGUUUCCACUUGGUGCGCUUAGCGUCUGCCUUGCAGCAGCGUCCCUUGCAGCUGCAGCCGCUGCGCGAACAAGACCGUCAUCAUUUGAGCUCCUUGGACGGCGCGUCUGUGCAGCACAAGCUACAACAGAAGCUCGAGCAGGAUCUCCUGUUGCUUCUUGGUGCUGCAAUGCGACGAGCCAGGGAACAGCUCGCUCUGCUUCUGUCUCUGCUGCAACGAGACUGGCCACCCGGCCGUGAAAAUCGCUACAGCAGCAAAGCAAAGCGUGUCGUGGAAGAAGCAGCAGCUGCAGUCGAGGCACCGCUGACCUGUGUCUGUGUGCUGGUGCAGCUGCCUCGCGUCCGAGCAGCGGCAAAUUUUCUGCCGUUGCACGAGUCGCUGGACGCAUAUGUUGCCACUUUGGUGGAAUUGCUUCUUAUGCUUCUGGGGCUUGAGGAAUCCGCGGCAGCCACAGCAGCAGCAGGGUGCUUGAGCAAGGUCAUUGUUGCACUCACUGAGGCUGCACGAAGCAUUGGCAAGCAGAUGCAGUCUUUUUACAGCAACCACCCCUUUUCAGAUGGAGGCUCAAUGCCGGCAGAAUCGGCGGAUCCACUUUCAGCCGCAGCAGGAGGAGCAACAGUAGCAGCAGCAGCUGCUGCUGCUGCGUUGCAGGACACGCUGGCAACUGCGGCGGCAGCAGUUAUGCGGUUUUCUCUGGAUUCGGCUAGACUGGGGCAGGUAGCCACCCAGCAACAGCAGAUGGAAGACUUCCUGGCUGCUGCUGUAAACGCAGACACUUUCCUUCUUCCCACUGCACAAUCACACAUGCAGCUGCAGCAGCAAGAGUCGCAGCAGCAGCAGCAGCCACUUGCCAGUAAGCUCCUGCAGCAGAUCCUUGAAUUUACUGUCGCUAGGAACAGACAGUGCUGCAGCGACAGCUGUUCUAAUACCAGCAGCGACAAGAGCAUCAGCCAAACGAGCAGCCUCAGAACCGCUUGCAGCGUGACGUGUAGGCGAUUCAAGCCUCCCAUUGCUUUCCAGGGGAAGUUGGAUGCCCAGAGUCCCUCUCUAGGCAGGGCCAGAGGGAGUGAGGAGGUGUGUCAUGAUGUGGCUGCUACAUUCCGCCUGUCUGUGGUGCUCGAAAGCAACGCCACCGUGGUUCUGCAUGCGCUGGCUAGCUGCCUUUCAGGUCGAAUAGCGGUUUCUUGUGGUCACUCGUCUGCGGCUGCUUUAAAGGGCUCCUCGGCAGCAGCUAGUGCUCAGCUUUGCCUCCCGUCACGUGCUUCCUCAGCUCAGGCAACAGCAAAGCCUCCAACAGUCCCCUCCGCGAGCGCUGCAUCGGGGGCAGCGACAACAAUUGAAGAACCAGCUGCGUGCUUUGGGGUUGCACAACAACAUGCGCUGGCCAUUAUAGAAGCUCGUGGCGGCCUUGUGGCAGCAUUCGCUGAAGCAGCUGCAGCAGUUACUGCUUCUGAGGGGCAGCAGCAUGCGGCGCAGCAACAGGCGCUGCACCAUUUACAGCAGAACUUUUCAUUGCUUGUGCAUUCUGCGACGGCCACUGCGGCACACGUGGUUCUGGCACUUGAACAGCCAGGCACCCGUACGGCAUGUUGCAGCCUUCGCGCACUUCUCGGAAACGACAGAUGGAGUGCAGCGCAGCAACAGUAUCCCGUGGCAGUGCUGCAGCAGCUGCUGCAGGUGCUGCUGGAUCACCAUGGCUAUUGCCUUCCCUCGGUUGACGUCGUCGACAGCAGCGGCAACGACAGCAACAGUUGCUGCCUGUGGGUACUUCUGCUCCGCGUUGCGGUUGCUGUUUCGUCGCUGCGGGCACCUGUGUUACGCCUUUGCAUGCACCCCCUACGUCGACUUCUUGCUGGCCAGAAGCAGCGCCAGCUUAGCGUGGCAUGGAAACAAAUCUGUACCUUCUUUACGGGGGAAUUGAUUUGCAUCGAGUUCAAGUGCAGCACCAGUUGCAGCUGUUGCUCCUGCAAAAUUGGUGUACACGACCUGAUGCAGCAAGACGAUUGGGUGUUAGUGAGCGACUUGCUGCUAGAGUUGCUACAACUGUUGCAGCAGACGGCCAGCAGCGUUUCUGCAGCUGUCGCUUCCGCGAUUCCCUGUUUGAAGGCGACAGAAAAAACAGUGCAGCAAGAAGAAGCCAAAGAAAGUGCUUAUCAGGGCCCUCCAGAAAAUCAGUAA